UUAUACGCAUGUGUAUGAAUGAUGAAUGGAGUACAGAGAGAGCACAGCGUGAACUUGACGCUUUGUCCCAACUCAUUGAUGUUCAAAAACAUUUGAAAGAAUUUAUAUUUGUUGAAUACCCUGGUCGUUUUUGGUGGAGCCCUUCUUCAAGGCUAAAAAAUGUUGAACUUUCUUUGUUAAGUAGUCAGGUAAAUUCGCUGACCGUUGUUGAAUUUUAUCAUGUUGAUUUUAGGUUUUGGCAUCCUUUGAAUUCUAUAGUAGGUUUGAUAAACUUAGAAACUUUGGUGUUCAAUAACUGUCGACAUCAAGAAUACGUAAUGGAACCAUUUCGUUUUUGCUCUUUUAUGAAUCUUAAAAAAUUGGUAAUGAACGGAUACGAAGGUAUCAGCUUCAUCCAAUCAGAUUUGCUUGAUACACUCUUACAACAUGUGAGCAAAUCUUUAAUGUACCUUUCUAUAGUUAUGACGGCAGAAACGACAACUACUGCAAUAAAUGCUAUAGAGAAAUAUCACCUUGACUUGUUAGAAUUAACAAUUAAACUUGAUCAAUCACAUUUCUUUGCCCUAAAAUCAUGCCCGUUUUAUAAUUGUCCGAGAUUAAAUAAAUUAGUUUUGAGUAGUUGGGGUUAUGUGGAAAUUGCUGCUGAUGCAAUUCUGCCACAAUUGGGAAAAUCUUUACCUCCGAGUGUGGAACAUUUGGAAAUAUUAGCACCGUGGAUGUUUACUCUUCGUGCUUUGAACUCUUUUUUGGAUAAUUGUAAAGCACCUUUGAGAUAUUUUGAUAUCCGAUAUUGCAGAGGAAUUACAGAUCAACACGUUAAUCUCAUCUGGAAAAGAUUAUAUAAUACUUUAGAAAACUUAAUUAUUUCGGAGAGGGAUCCUCCGUCUUCGGAUAUGGAUGUUGAUGAACAAACAAAUUCAAAUGGUCUCCAAGAUAAAAAUUAUGAACUUGAUAAUGAAAAUGCUCAUUCUGGAUCUGCGAGUUCAAAUACCGAAAAUGAGUCAAGUUAUCAGACUAAUCAAGUUAGUAAUGAAGGUAUGCCUUUAAAUGAAAUUGUUAAAAGAACAAAGAUAAGCUUUACGGUCGAGGAAAAUUACGAUAGUAGGAUUGACAUUUUACGAUACAGAUGGGAGUGA